AUGCAUCCUCGCUUACCAUCCCCGCACAGCACAAUGCGGCACACCCGGUACAAGUGCAGACGGCCAGCGAACAAUGACCGAAUGGUAUCAUCGGAUAGCUUACUCAGCGCAACUGGAAACGCUUCAUUGCGCAAGCGCAGCAUAGCCGUGAAUGCUUCACUUCGCAGCACGCGACUCGUCAGCGCAGAUGUGAACAGCAUAUCUGUAAACCGCUCAAUGCACAGUGGGAUUGUGCAACCGUCAUUACGCAGCGUGGCGUUAGUGUUGGCUUGCUUUUGCGCAGGCGCGGCUAGCGGUUUUCUUUUGGACGGUUCGGCGAAUUCGUACGCGCAGUUCCGAAAAUGGGGAGGCGGCGCGAACGGGAGUUUGGAGUUCGAGUUUAAGACGGAUCAGCCCAAUGGUCUGCUUUUAUACACCGAUGAUGGAGGAACGUACGAUUUCUUCGAGAUCAAGCUGGUGGAAGGGGCGCUUAGGCUGAGAUACAAUUUGGGUGGAGGAGCACAGAUUAUCACUGUUGGUCGGGAUCUGAACGAUGGUCACUGGCAUAAGGUGCACGUACAACGCCACGAAGACCGCACUAUCUUGACGGUAGAUGGCGUAUCCCAGAUGCGCACAUCACGUGGCAAAGAGUUUCGAUUUGGACGUUUCGCCACCAAUUCGGACGUGUUCGUAGGUGGAAUGCCCUCGUGGUACAACACCAAGUUGACGCUGCUCGCAUUGCCCAGCGUCAUAUUCGAGCCCAGGUUCGUCGGAGCGGUCAGGAACUUGAUCUAUCCAGAUACGGAAGGUGGGACGCCCAGAAGGCAGGAGACGAGGCCGAAGGACCAUAGGGUGAGUGCAUGA